AUGGCUGCACUGCGCGCUUUUAUUGACGCUCCUUUCGCUUCUGCGGCAAACGUGCUCGGAGCAUCUCUUGAUGAAGUCAAACUCAUCGGAUCCUUCCUUCUCUCCUACCCGUUGGCUGCCAUUCUCAAGCGAAUUCCGGAUAAAGACCCAUGGAAAAAGGAUCUCUUCAUUAUAGUCGUGUCGCUGUUCUACAUCCUCGGCUUGUACGAACUCUGGGAUGGCCUUCUCACGUUGCUGUAUAGCUCCGUGGCGACCUAUUUGAUUGCUUAUUAUAUCGAUGGCUCUCUGAUGCCUUGGAUCGGAUUCAUCUUCCUGAUGGGCCACAUGUCCAUUAGCCACAUUUACCGACAAAUUGCGAACGAUGCCUCGGUUGUUGAUAUCACUGGACCCCAAAUGGUGCUUGUUAUGAAACUGUCGGCAUUUUGCUGGAACGUACAUGAUGGCCGUCUCCCGGAUAAAGACCUCACAGACGCUCAGAAAUAUGCAGCAAUCAGGGAGUUCCCAAGUAUACUCGACUAUGCUGGUUAUGUUCUAUUUUUCCCUUCGUUAUUCGCAGGCCCUGCCUUCGACUAUGUCGACUAUCGCCGGUGGAUCGAUACAACUCUCUUCGAGGUCCCUCCCGAUACUGAUCCCUCGAAAGUACCACCGACUCGAAAGAAGCGAAAAAUUCCUCGCAGUGGUCGCCCAGCGUUCAAGAAGAUGGUCAUGGGUAUAUUAUGGAUCCUAGCUUUUGUGCAGCUGGCCCCCUAUUAUCCGUUCUCCUUGUAUCUCGGCGACGAGUUCAAGGCCUACUCGCUUCCACGUCGCAUCUGGCAGCUGUAUAUGCUUGGGCUUGUGACACGUUUGAAAUAUUAUGGCUGCUGGGCCUUAACUGAAGGUGCUUGCAUUUUGUCAGGCCUUGGAUAUAAUGGAUUUGAUCCAAAAACAGGCAAAGUCUUCUGGGACCGCCUCGAGAAUGUCAACCCCUGGGGCUUGGAGACGGCGCAAAACACCAGAGGGUAUCUUGAGAACUGGAACAAGAACACAAAUCACUGGCUGCGAAAUUACGUAUAUUUGCGAGUCACGCCCAAAGGUAAAAAACCGGGAUUCAGAGCCAGUUUGGCAACCUUUAGCACCAGCGCGUUUUGGCACGGCUUCUACCCUGGUUAUUAUCUGGCGUUUGUCUUGGCUUCAUUUGUCCAGACUGUAGCAAAGAAUUUCCGACGUUAUGUUCGUCCGUUCUUCUUGAGUCCAGAUGGGUCUAAACCCACUGCAGCCAAGCCUUAUUAUGACGUUGCAUCCUGGGUUAUUACCCAGCUGAUCAUGUCAUUUACUGUCGCCCCUUUCGUCCUUCUAUCCUUCAGUGGCACAAUCGCAGUCUGGGGCCAUGUAUAUUUCUACGGCAUUGUGGGCGUUGCUUCGGCAAUGGUGUUCUUUUCUAGCCCUGCCAAAGGCUAUCUUAUCGCACAGCAGAAGAAACGCAGUCGGCCAGGAAUUGCACGAAAGGUGAGCGUCGAGGCUCCUGUAUUGGGUCUUCCGAGCGAUCUAGAGCAGGAAGUCGAAGAUGCGAUUAAAGAGAUUUCAGCAGAAAUUGAAGAGAUGCGCAAGAAUGGUGCCAUAACAUCGAUGCCUACUCCUCAAGAGCUUCGUGCUUUGGUCGAGGAGAAACUUAAGAGGAAGUGAUUAUGCCCGCGAAUGACUGCUGUCACUCAGUUGUGAUGGUAAUUUUUGAAACGGCCUCUGAAACUCAUUAUAUAGCCAUGUUUGCUUUCCGGUCCACUUUAGCUUCGUCCUGAGCAAGUUAAUGCUUUAUAUGAUAUCCAUAUAUAUUUUUCGGCGUGACGGUCUCAUCGACGGUUCAGUGUUCAUUGUGGAAGUGUCAAUGCUCAAUUGAGGAUGAUGUUGUGAUGAUCUUCGAGAGUGAGAGUGUAUAUUACGUUAGCCGACUAUUGUUAGCACUACAAUCGAAAUCUUGGGUAUACUCC